AUGCCUCAGGAUGUAACAGGACUCAUGGCAGAGUGGAAAUGUCUGCAAGAAGAGUAUCAGCAAAUCCAGGAGACACACAGGAUGUACUUACAGAAACUACAGGACAUGUCCACCUUGCAGAAAAGUUGCUCUUCCUCGAUCUCUCUUCAGCGCAGAAGGCUAAAGGAGAUGUCUCAGCUGAUGAAGCGGUGCAGCAAAGGACUAACAGAAGAAGAAGUCAAAACCAUGGAUGAAAUAAAAGAGAAAGUGAAAACACGACCAGAUGUUCUCUAUGACAUGGAGGCCUUUCUCCCCAAGAAAAAUGGGUUGUAUCUGAGUCUGGUCCUGGGAAAUGUGAAUGUCACUCUUCUCAGCAAGCAGUCAAAGUUUUCCUACAAAGAUGAAUAUGAGAAGUUCAAGCUGUGCCUCACGGUUAUCUUGCUGAUGUGCUCCUUUAUAUGCUAUUUCUUUAUGAGCUACAGAAUUGUUGAUGCCAUCCUAAAUUUCUUGCUGGUGUGGUACUAUUGCACGUUAACUCUCAGGGAAAGCAUCCUCAUCACCAAUGGGUCCAGAAUCAAAGGCUGGUGGGUUUUCCAUCACUACGUCUCAGCUUUUUUGUCCGGAGUGAUGCUGACAUGGCCUGAUGGGAACUUGUACCAGACAUUCAGGGACCAGUUCCUUGCCUACUCCUUGUAUCAAAGUUUUGUUCAGUGUCUGCAGUGCUAUUACCAGAGCGGCUGUCUGUACAGACUUCGAGCCCUGGGAGAAAGACACAACAUGGACGUGACCGUAGAGGGUUUUCAGUCCUGGAUGUGGCGAGGACUGACCUUUCUUUUGCCCUUCCUUUUUUUGGGUCAUUUCUGGCAGCUCCUCAACGGUCUUGCUCUCUUCCGAAUGGCUCAGCUCCCAGACUGUGGGGAGUGGCAGGUCUUUAUAUGUGGCCUUUGCUUCCUGAUUCUGUUCAUGGGAAAUUUCUUCACCACCGUUGCCGUUGUUUGCCACAAGCUCAAGAGCAGGAGUGGCGUGAAGCCCAAGAGCACCUGAUGCACCAUGAACAUAACAUCUCACAAAGUAGUGGCUCAUGUGAUAUUCUCCUUUACUAAAAUCCCACAUUAUCAUUGGGU